UUCACCGUGUAUGGCUGUUGUUGCACUGGAGAAGACGGAGGAGAAAAAAGGGAGCGAAUGUGCGCUUUAGCUGGGAGAGAGAGAGAGAGAAAGAGAGAGGGGAGGGAGGACAGCGAGUGCGCGAACAGGCAGCAGCCAGGCGGGCACAUCAGCAACAGCGGCUGAGCAUCUUUCCCCCGAUCCUCGCCUCCUGAGUCUGCUUCUAUCAUUUAUUUUGGUGCCAAAUUUCUGCGUGGCGUGUGCGCCUCCGGCGGAGCCCCUCACAGCGCGGGGCUGAAGUGUCCAGAAGCGUCCGGCGACCGUUCACCUCCUACCGCUCACUUUCCUCCGGAGCUCGGUUUAUUCUUAGCUCAGCUGCAAGAGACACACACACACACAGAGAGAGAGAGGGGGAGACUGUCUGUCCUUCCGGUACUCUCUCUUAUUUCUCCCAGUUUCUUGAAUAUUUAAUGGAAAAUGGCGAUCUGCGCGCAGUCGAUCGGCGUUUUCUGCCUCUUCGCCGUACAAACUGUACUUAUUAUAUGCGUCUCCACACCGACAGCCGGGACCCACCACUUCCCACAGCACUACACGAUGAUUCACUGGGCCGGACGCAUUGAGAAGGAGCUGGAAAAGGUUCUUCAGCACGUUACCGGAGCUCAGCAGAUGAGAUCGAUUUAUAAUGAGAAGAAGAGCCAGUUUGAAAUCAAGAGAAACAACCCCAAGGAUCUGGUGGAGCGAGUGGCGCGGGACAUCUCCAAGCUGCUAAACAGCAAGAGCAAAGCCUUAGAGAAACUGGUCCGAGAGGCGGAGCAGCUGCAGAAGGAGCAUGUGUGGAAAGACGGCGUGACGGAGAAUGCCAUUUCAUACUACGAUUCGAAAGCGGAUUCAGACUAUCAGACGGAGGACGGAGAGGAGGAAGCUCCGCUGGAGACCUCGUCCUCCCUGGAGCUGGAGUUUGUCGACGAUCCAAAUUUUAAAAACAAGGUCAACUACUCCUCCAGUGCCGUCCAGAUUCCUACAGAUAUAUACAAAGGCUCGCCUGUGAUCCUGAAUGAGCUCAACUGGACGCAGGCUCUGGAGCGAGUCUUCAUCGAAAACCGGCGCGAGGACAGCUCCCUGCGCUGGCAGGUGUUCGGCAGCGCCACGGGCGUGACGCGGUACUACCCAGCCACUCCUUGGAGGGCGCCCAACAAGAUUGACCUUUACGACGUCCGCAGAAGGCCAUGGUAUAUCCAAGGUGCAUCGUCUCCAAAGGACAUGGUCAUCAUUGUAGAUGUGAGCGGCAGUGUCAGCGGACUCACUCUGAAGCUCAUGAAAACCUCCGUCAUAGAGAUGCUUGACACGCUAUCAGACGAUGACUAUGUCAAUGUGGCGAAGUUUAAUGAAAAGGCCGAGGCUGUCGUCCCUUGCUUCAGGACUUUGGUCCAAGCCAACGUCCGCAAUAAGAAGAUCUUCAAGGAAGCCGUCACGCAUAUGCAGGCCAAAGGAACCACAGACUACAAAUCAGGCUUCACGUUUGCCUUCGAGCAACUUCUCAAUGAGAGCAGUGCCCCGAGGGCCAACUGCAAUAAGAUGAUAAUGAUGUUUACAGAUGGCGGUGAAGAUCGUGCUCAGGAAAUCUUUGAGAAGUAUAACUGGCCCAACAAAACUGUUCGAGUUUUCACCUUCUCUGUUGGGCAGCAUAACUAUGACGUCACCCCUCUGCAGUGGAUAGCAUGUGCUAAUAAAGGUUACUACUUUGAAAUACCAUCAAUUGGAGCCAUCAGAAUCAACACACAAGAAUACCUGGAUGUCCUGGGACGUCCCAUGGUGCUGGCUGGGCCUAAAGGUAAACAGGUGCAGUGGACCAACGUCUACCAGGAUGCUCUGGGUUUGGGGCUUGUCAUCACAGGAACGAUGCCAGUUUUCAACCUCACUGCAGACAGCGCUAGCUCUCAGAACCAGCUCAUCCUUGGGGUUAUGGGAGUAGACGUUGCAAUUAAUGAAAUCAAGAAGAAGACUCCAACAUACAGACUUGGGGCCAAUGGCUACACAUUUGCUACUGACCCAAACGGUUACGUGCUGCUGCAUCCUAACCUAAGACCCAAGAUCAUUAACUUCAGGGAGCCCGUCACUCUGGACUUUCUGGAUGCAGAACUAGAAGAUAACAACAAGGAGGAGAUCCGCCGACAGAUGAUUGAUGGCAGAUCGGGGCAAAGAAAAAUCAAGACGCUCAUUAAGUCAGUUGAUGAGAGAUACAUCGACGAAGCCAUGCGAACGUACACAUGGACGCCCGUAGAAGGUACAAACUACAGGUGGGUUUGCAUCUAACAAUGCAUUACCUGACAUUCAGACCAAAAUAGUGGAACCUGUAAGUGUUUUUUAAAUAUCUUCUUUCACUUUGGAUUAGCUCACUGUUAUAAAUAUGAAGUGCAGCUGCUGCAUCUCAAGAACUGAGUUACUGUCUUAAUAGGCUGUAAAAAUACCAAAACUGGGUAAUUUAAGAGGCUAAAAAUACCAAAUUAAGUCUAAAACUUAAUUAAAUCAGUUUUUAAUAUUGAAGUUGCACAUAGUUAGGCAAUCUGGCUUCUGAUUUACAUCUGCCCAGUUCUGUUAAUAUUUAUCUAAGAAAUUAUAUAGUUAUGCAGUUUUAAAAUCUGACUGUUAUGGUUUACAGUAGUGAGAUAUUUUAAAGCAUGAUCCUGCUAUGGGUUGUACUUCAGAUGUUUUCAUACAUUUACGCCUUCAAAAGGACAAAAUUAAAAAAAGCAAUGCCAUUUUCUGAAUUAUUUGGUUUAAAUUCAGUAUUUUAGUUCUGCAACAGCUUGAUGGAUUAGGCAGAAUCAGUUUAUAAUCAGUUUAUAAGAUAUAUAUAUAUAUAUAUAUAUAUAUAUAUAUACACUAACUCUGUAAGUCCUCACAUGAAUUUGGUCAAAGUGCAUCAGGACAAAGGGUUGCUGCUAUUCAAAAGUCUUUGGUUUGCACACAUUGAGUAAAAUAUUCUGGAUUUCUUCCAGAAUAUUUUAUUUGAACAAAAAUCUGAGAAAUUAAGACUCUUCACAAAUGGACAUAGUUAUCAAUCACCUGUUGAUUUUCGAAAAAUUACUAGAACUGAAUUUUGAAAUUGAAUUUGUUGUUAGCUUCAGUAAAAAAUAAGAAAAAUGUGUUGAAAUAAAAACCUUCAAAAGAAUCCUAAAGGGAAAAUAUUAUUCUGCCUUAAGAUCAACAACCAAGUCAAAUGAAUUCACCUUUUUAUUUUUUUUUUCCACCACUUUAUAAAUAAACCAUACAUUAGUUGUUAACUGUGUUUUUCUUUCCUGAUUCUGCCUUUAAAGCCAAAUGCAAGCAGUGUGUGUGUUUUGUAUCACCUUAAUAUUUUUAACUAUGAUUUAUAAAACUUCUUAAUUCAAUUUAUGGCAAAGACAAUUAUUUACAAGAAAGACAAACUAAAAUGUUAAGCCUAUUUAUAUAUAUUUUCUUGCUGUAUAAAUCAAUAGUCAACUAGAAAUGCUUACAGAUGUGUGAGCUUCAUUUAAAUGCUGUGUUUUAAAGUGCAAAGAUGCAUAAAACUCUUUGUUGGAAAGCUUGAGUUUCAUGCAUCUCCUAAUUAAUCCACAUUUCAAAGUAAAAUAGAGUCACACAAAGACCAGAAAAGGAUCAGUGAACCUUUUGAACAUUUCAUGUUUAGUUUAAAAAUGAGUUUAGGUUUGAAAAGUAUUCAAUCGUGAGAACCGGGGCCAGAGAUAAGCCAUCAUUAAUCUUUGGCUAUUCAGUUGUAGUUUCUCAAAGCUUAUUGAUGAUGCAGAGGGAUAAAUGAGCUUUAUGCAUUGGGGGGAUGAGUACCUUGUUUCUCUUGAAUGUGCAAAUGCAAGGCUGAUGCAACAAAGGCUGAACCAUUAGUCUGGAUCUUAUUAUUCUCCUCCUUUGUCAUGGUGAG